AUGUCAUCACCGAUACUUCAAAGAAAGAGUCCGGAGUACUCGUCCGGUACUACUCAAAUAGGCCGAAACACGCCAGAUCGGGGAUUCUUUGAUUCUGAUAAUUUCCAGCUUCUCGAGUCAACCCAAGACAGGAAGGAGGAGAGACUGAGGCAGGACAGGGUUAAGGCUCGCAAGGAAAGGUCUAAAGGACUGCCUCUUCUUGACAGACCCUGGAGCCCGGAGUUGGGCCACUACAGUCGGCAGUACCGCGAAGAAGGCAACCCGAAGCCGAGGAAAGUUCCCGCUCCGCCGCAGACUUUCUUUGGCCUCCGUCGGCCUCUGAACGCGGCGGAACACCGCGUUGUCGCUGCAAUACCUGGCUACGAGAAAGACCACAAGGAAUGGGUGGAUAAACCUUACAGCACAGUCUACACGGGAUGGAAAGGUUACAAUGACAAGUUCCCGCUACUGAUGCAGUUCAACUCCGAAUCAGAAGGCAAAGAUGUAACGGUGAUCGAGACUGAAACAAGGAGAAUGUCCACGGUGACGACAGAUUACUCCAAAGGAACUAUCAAACUUGCGGGUGACGAUGAAGAGAUCAAAUAUGCCGUGUUCCCGAUACUCCAUCGCGUGAUCGAAAGUGAGGAUGAAGAGGACGACGACGACGACGACAACAACACAGGAAAUCAAUCCGACGAAGGAGAAGGAACUCUAAAGAACAGACCUCCGGCUCUGCUUCCACAGGAUGUGUUGAAUAGACUAGCGGUCAUCGCAGCUCAAAGCAACGAGAACGAUGAUGAUGAUGACGAGUCAGAUGAAUCGGAGGGGGCCGAACCUCCACCAGGUUGGUUAGAGCAUCGAAAUACCCCGACGCACGCCGAGCGUCGACUCUCGAUCACGACCCGACCGUCUGCCGAGAGGCCGAGGAUGCUGAAACGCCGCUCUCUCGACUACGGUGCUCUCUUCUACCACCAUGAGAAGGGCAAGCUCGAGAGCAUGGGGAGCAUCACUGAAGUCGCCGAGGACGAUUCGUCAUCUUCGAAGACCACCGAUAACGGCGAUGAAAAGAACUCGACGACCACUGGAGAGUUUAGCAGCGCACCGCCAGCGGGAACGUGGGCAAUGGCGGCGGAGGCGAAGGAAAAGGAAUCGAAGCCGGCCAGGGAGCGUGACCUUGCCAACACGCUUAGGCGAGCGGAGCAGGAUAUGGAACACAAGGAUGAAAAUCUUAAAAAACUCGAAGAAUUCUUAAACCAUUUUGACGAUUAUUAAUUCGGAGAUGAUUCAGUGAAAUCGAAUAAAUUUUUCGGAAUAUUAAUGAUGACCAAUUUUUUAAUUUUUUUAUACAAAUGACGAUGAUAAACCCAGAAUAAAGCAGAUUCAACUCUAUUAUCACUUGACUUAAAUACGGACGGUAUAAUGACGUUUAAAGUACUUCCAUCAUCAAACGCGUCAUUAAUGCCCCUUUUUUUGUAU